GGGUGUAGGUCUCCUUUUGGGGCCUAUUGCGUGGAGGGACUGUACCCAGGACCCUCUGACACCUCCUUUCUCUUUUCCAGCAGAGCGGAGGCUCUCUAGGGUGGUAUCAGGUGCCGAAAGAAGCCAGCAAUGGCGUGGGUCAAGGUGCUCCGUGGAAAGGGUUGGUGCUUGGCAAUAUAAAGUCGUGGAAAUAGCCGGCAAAGCUACUUAGGAUUGUGUUGAAAAUGCUGGGAGAGAAAAAGCAACUAAUAUUGAAAAGAGACCUUUAUGCAGACCCCACGUUUCCAGCCAGUGAUACCUCUAUAUUUUUUGAUUAUUGUACCCCGCUUGCUCAAUUCAGAGGCCAGAUAUCUUGGCUGAGACCUAAGGACAUUUGUUCUACUCCUCGGUUAUUUUCAAACAAUCCGCAGGAUGUGCAAGUGAAACAAGGAAUUUUGGGAGAUUGUUGGUUCCUGUGUGCCUGUGUAGCUUUGCAGAAGAGUAAAUACCUACUGAAUAAGGUAAUCCCUCCAGGUCAGCCCAGCUGGACAGAUGAGUCCUAUCAAGGCUGUUUCACUUGUCGAGUCUGGCAGUUUGGACACUGGGUGGAAGUGACCAUUGAUGAUCGUUUACCUUGCCUUGGUGGUAAACUCUGCUUUUCCCAGUGUCAGACAGAGGAUUUGUUUUGGCUUCCCCUGUUGGAAAAAGCUUAUGCAAAAGUGCAUGGAUCUUAUGAACAGUUGUGGGCAGGACAGGUGGCUGAUGCUUUGGUUGACCUGACUGGAGGAAUUGCUGAAAGAUGGACCCUGAAAGGCCCUGGAAGAAACCUGGAGAAAGAGAAGACUGGCAUGGUUUUGGAGAAAGCAGUGUUUAGAAGAUUGAUUAAUUUGAAGGAACAGUGUGUAAUAAGCUGCUCAGUCCUCAAUUCCAGACAAGGUGCAAGUGAACUAGGGGAAUUUCAUGCAUUUAUUGUGAUAGACAUGUUGAGUCUGUCUGAAGUGUCAGGCAAGGAAAUCUUCCUAUUACGCAUACGAAAUCCUUGGGGGAGGCGGUGCUGGAGAGGUCCCUGGUGUGAGGGUGGUCAAGGAUGGAGCCAGCUAGAUCCAGUAGUUGCCUCAGAACUGCUCUCACAGAUCCAGGAGGGAGAAUUCUGGGUUGAUGAAGAGGAAUUUUUCAGGGAAUUUGAUGAGAUUACCAUGGGCUUUCCAGUCAAUGAGGAAGGACAACUUCAGAGCCUCUACACAGAGAAAGUGCUGUAUCACUCGCAGAAUCUUUUUGGAUCCUGGGUGAGAGGACAGUCUGCAGGUGGCUGCCGUAACAACAGCAGCUUCCCUACCAACCCCAAGUUCUGGCUGAGAGUCUGUGAAAAGAGCGAGGUGUGCAUUGCUCUGCUGCAGAAACAUAGGGAAUACAGCGCUGACUGGGCCGGAAGAAUUAAAAAUCUGACUCGCUUAGCAGAGGAAAAUCUAUCUUUGACUGAAGGCAUACAGGGGAAGAAUUAUCAGGCUGUGGGAUUGCAUGUCUGGAAGGUGGAGAAGAAACGAUUUAACCUUCCAAAGACCCUCUCUGCUCCUCCAGUUGUAGGUACUGUCUGCCAUUCCUAUGAUAGAGAAGUGCAUGUAUGCUGUGACCUUUCGCCCGGGUUUUAUCUUGUUGUUCCCAGCACUUUUCUGAAAGAUGCAGUAGGGAAUUUCUUGCUUCGUGUAUUUUCAACGGGAAGGAUCUCUCUCAGUGAGCUAAAACCACCACCUGCAGAUGCUGCCCUCUGUGAAGAACUCCCAGCAGGUGAAUGGGAGAUAGUGCAGCUGCAUGGAUGCUGGAAAAAUGGGCAAAGUGCUGGAGGUAGCAGGAACUUCCCCUCCUUCCAUAUCAAUCCCUGCUUUCCCCUCUCCAUUCCUGCAGGACCAGGAAAAAGCAGUGUGAAAGUUACCCUCCGUCAGCACUGCCAAGAUAGCAAGUGUCGUCCAAUAGGUUUCCAUAUUUUCCAGGUGCCUAACAGCAGCUGGAAGCCACAUACUUCCUCUUUUUUACACUUGGAGCCGCUGGUUAGCUGCGUACCUCACUGCUAUUCGCAGGAAGAAGCGCAUUCACAGCCGGGAGACGCUUGGACAAGUAUUGCAAGAAAUCUCUUUUACAACUGUGAUGAAAAGGUAGGACAUACCUCAAGAAUCAUCAAAAUACACUGGAGCAGAGAAAGUCAAAGUUUGUAUCCUACACUGCCAGUCAUGCUGCUGAGCACUUUAUCAUGAACCCUUUGUUGAACCAUGCAAAUGGAAAUUAUUGGAUGAUAUAAUAGUGUUUCUAAACAGAAGAAGGAAAGGUUCAUGAAAGCACCUGGAUCCAGAGUUGUGAUAAAAUAGGAAACAGAUGCUGAGGAAGUAAAGAAAAAAAGUGUAAGGAUUUUUAAAUGGACUAUGAUUAUAAGAGUUGCCAUUCUGCAAUCAUUUAUGCAUGUGUGAAGGUUGUACUACAAUAUAUAAUGCUUUAUGAGUGUGUGAAAGGAAAAGGAGUCAACACUAAGUGUGUAUACUCAGUUACUUUCUGCAAAAGGGUGUAGGAAGAGACUUUCUGUGAACACACAGGAGUAACAGCAUACU